GUUUAAUACGGCCAACUCAUUCAAACACAUACACCUGAGGGGCGUUUGGCUACUACCACAAGCACUCUUUAUCAUCGAUAAACCUCAAACCGUGACUAUACUCUUGUUAAUCUUCAGUUUGUGUGUUCUGGCGUGGUGUAAAAUGCGUUGUUCGGACUGGGGGCGUUUCUCCAAACCCGAGCUGUAGCACUCAUUUCUUUUCCAUCUGUUAUUCACUGACACUUUUUCCAAGGUGUCAGUGGACAUGUACCCUUCUUCUCUGGGGGAUCUAGACUAGUACGUAGACUUGACCGCAUUCACAACAUGUAAAUCCAAGCGUGAUUUCUCUUUCUCUCUCUCUCUGCGUAACAGUGCGCUUUCAGUUCCCCUUUUUAGUGAAGCAAAAGAGGGCCCGUGUCUUCUCAUAAUGUCCAGAAACAUGGAGCACACCGGCUGCGUCAACAUCUGCAGUCUCACCAGCACAUUACCGGUGAUCCCGUAUCGGAAACUAACGGACCUGCACUACAUCAGUAAAGGAGGCUUCGGGACGGUGUUCAGGGCGCAGCACAGUGACUGGCGCACCACAGUGGCGAUUAAGUGCUUGAAACUGGAUUCACCGGUUGGUGAGAGGGAAAGGAAUUGUUUACUGAAGGAAGCUGAGGUGCUUCACAAAGCUCGAUUUAACCACAUCAUCCAGAUCUUUGGGGUGUGUAAUGAACCCGAGUUCUUCUGCAUCAUAACCGAGUACAUGACCAACGGAUCGCUAGAUGAGCUCCUACAUGAGAAGGAUAUAUACCCAGUGGUGGCCUGGCCUUUGAGACUUCGUAUACUUUAUGAGAUUGCUCUAGGAGUCAAUUUCCUUCACAAUAUGACUCCGCCACUUUUACACCAUGAUCUCAAAACUCAGAACAUCCUGAUGGAUGGGGAAUACCAUGUUAAGAUUGCAGAUUUUGGCUUGUCAAAAUGGCGUCAGCUCUCUAUCACCAAAGGCUCCGGCUCCAAACCUGCUGAAAUGGGAGGCACGGUCAUCUAUAUGCCACCUGAGGAGUACGAACCCUCCAAAACCCGCAGAGCCGAUGUCAAAUAUGACAUGUACAGUUACGCCAUCAUCAUGUGGGAAGUGCUUUCAAGACGAAUACCAUUUGAAGAGGCCACCAAUCCCAUGCAGAUCAUGUUCAGCGUUCUCCGAGGCACUCGACCUGACACAGGCCUGGACAGUCUGCCGGUAGACAUUCCCAGUCGAGAGACACUCAUUAACCUUAUGACCUGCGGCUGGACCGCCAACCCAGAUGAACGGCCUUCUUUUCUCCAUUGUCUUAUUGAACUGGAGCCCAUGUUGAGGAGAUUUGAUGAGAUUGAUGUCUUGGAAGCAGUGUUGGAGGUCAAACGAAUAAAGUACAGGAGGCCGUCAAGCUGCUGCUCAUCGACUCAAACGAACGGGAAGAAAAUUGAGGAAAAGUGUGUGAAAGAGCGAAAUGUCCCAUGGCCAGACAACAGUUCCACAUCUGGAUCAGGCUCCUGCUCUUCCCAGGAAGCAGAAAUAUCCCAGCCGGGCUUCCUUACCAUAUCAACUCCCUCUCAAGGUCCUUAUGCGGGUCUGCCAUCAUCAUUAAUGUCUAUUCCACUGGAUCCUCCAAAGCCUCUUAUGGACAACUGCUCUCGGAACAACCUGAGUCCUGAAUAUCAGACAGAGCAGGUCUUGUCAGACCUCAACAUACCAUUCAAAGCUCAUGCACCUCAGAGUGAAAGUGAACUGGCACUUGCCAUACAACCCCUCACGCUGCAUCCACAUCCACAAGAUUUUGUCACAGCGUUUGACGAUCAAGGUCCAGCAGCCCGCUGGAUCGCUGCCCGAAGGGAGGAAGUUGUGCGCCAGAUGACCGAGGCAUGUCUCAAUCAGAGUUUAGACGCUUUACUGUCUCGUGAGCUGCUGAUGCGUGAAGACUACGAGUUGGUCGUAAACCAAACCACACGUACCGCCAAAGUGCGGAAGCUCCUGGACACUUGCGAACGGCACAGCGAGGAGUUCUGCCGUGUGGUGGUGCGCAAACUCCAGGACAACAAACAGAUGGGCCUGCAGCCUUACCCAGACCUCGGCACCACCAGCUCUCCACCUCCACCAUACGCAGCCCCCAGCGCCCCCUUCCUCUCCAACUCCUUCAACAACACCAGAAACUUCUAAGCGUUCCCAGUCUCCAAUCACUGCUCUCCAACUGGAGCUCUGUGAGUCCUCCUUACAGUUUGGUUGAGUCCUCCUUGGUUUAUGCGCUUUUACAUUUGUGCUUUUGCUCGGCGGGUGAACCAUCAACAGUUGUUGCAUCGAACAAGGCCAACUUUAAUCAGAUAAUCACUAAGAUAUAAUGACUUUAAGCAACUAUAGUGGUUGUUGAAUCAUAAGAGUAAUGCUUAUAUUCAUAAGUGAAGCCAGUAGAGUGGUUUCAGCACAUCAUGUUUAAACCUUUAUUCUAGCCAUUACAAGAAUCUGGAUGUUUCCACAUGGAGAGUUGUGAAGCUUAUAAGCAAUCAGUCCUGUUUUAUCAUUUGCACUUUCCACGGCAGCAAAUUCAUUAAAGCUGAAGACAUGAAUGAGCUGAAGUUCUAAAAAAAACGUAAUAAAAUGUGCUUUAUGUCCACAUUAGUGCAAAGUCACGCUUCCGGACUUAAAGUUUUGUAUGGAUCAGCAUUUUCGGUCUUCCUUUUUAUAAACCAUCAUGACUUGUUUUUUCUGCUGUAUUUCCACAGUGGCACUCAAAACAGGAUCUGCUGGUUGUGUUGUGUUUAAUGCUAUGUCAGGGUUAGUCUGCUAUGUGGCAGACAUUCUGAAGGUGUAGAGCAUCAGUCUCAAACCUGAUUCCUGGAGGUCCGCAGCUCUGCACAGUUUUGCUUCAACCCUAAUCAAACACAGCUGAUCCACCUAAUCAAGGUGUUCAAGACUACUAGGGACUAUAAAGCUGCGGUCACACUUGGGAUUUUUCUUCCCAUAGACUUCCAUUCAUAACCACGCGAAUGCAUCAGACCGGAAACGCAAGGUCAUGCGUCAAGUUUCGCAGGUUGCUGCGGUGCAAAGUUCAAGCUUGGUGAACUCUGACCUGCGAAAUCGCAUCACUUGACUGCGUGAGACCAAUUGAGGAUUAAAACACAACCUCUCUGGACAGAAAAUUAAAACAUGGAGCAAUCGCUCGCUUUUUUAAAUGUCUAAUCAUCUUGUUUAAUCCCGCCCCUUUUCGCUGCGCCGUACGACAGAAUUUCGCACACACAAAGCCCAGUGUGACCAUAGCUUAAGGCAGGUGUGAGUUGGAGGUGGUUGGAGCUGAACUAUGCAGAGCUGCGACCCCAGGAAUUGAGUUUGACACCAUUGGUGUAGACCUUAGUAAGGGUUGACUGUUUCACAGAGCUGAAGUUUGUUGGUAUAGUGUGUUCAUACAUGUAAGAUUAGACAUGAUCUGUACACUAAUGCCCGUACAAUUUUUUUUACCCUACCGUAGUUGAGUUUGAUCAUGUAUAUUGCAUACUUUAUGACUUUUUCUGUUACAUUUAAGAAGUCCACAUUACACCAGCUGUGUAAUGGUUUGGUCCUAAAAGAUUAAUGAACCCAAAAAUGAUUGUUGUUUUUUUUACUAAUCAUUCGUCAUUAUGUCAUUCCAAACCCCUGAGACCUUUAUUCAUCUUCAGAACACAAAUGAAGAUAUUUUAGAAGAAAUCAGAGAGCUAUCUCAUUCUCCAUAGACAGAAAUGCCCAAAACAACUUAUGCCUAUGUUUUCCCACAUCAUAUGAGUGUGCGUUUACUACGGGAAACACAAUGUGCUGUAAAAAAAAAAAAAUUAUCUUGCUGCCUAAAAUUCUUUAGUAAAAUAGAAUGAACCUUUCUAGUUAUCUCAACAUCAGUCAAACAGUAUAAAUAUUAAGUUUAACUUCACAUAAAUAAAAUAUUUUAGUUAGUUUAGGUAGUUGAAACCUGAUUAACUGAUUAAAAUGAGUUAAGGUAACAUAAAGUGUUGUUAACUUUUUUGGCUGCAUUUACACUACAGAUCUUGAUGGUCAAUUCUGAUUUAGUGACUGUAUGUGAUUUUUUUUGAUGACCCACUUACAUCAUCUUUUAAACGUGACUUGUGUCCAAUUGCUUGCAUUUACACGCAAUGACCAGAAAAAAAAAGAGCAGGCGCUGACUGACAGCUGAAAAUUAGAGCGCUCUUUUUCUCUAUUCCUAUAUUUCAUCUGUUCGCAGGGUUUAAUUUGUUAUUCUUUUUGACAAGUUGCUUUACUAUAGUUUAUGACGGAAAAGUUCUCAUUUGGCCAUUUUCUUUUACUCUAGGCUUUUUUUAAACCAGUAGGCAUCUUAAUGUAAUGUUCAUGGCGUGAUUUAUGCACAUGAUGUAUGCAACAGUUUUAGAUUAGCCUAUAUUGUUUACAUGGCGGAUUACGUUGCGCACUCUCUCUGUCGCUCUCGUUAACAUGCUUAAAUACCUGUGCUAUAAGACAAUAUAAAAGCUUUUUUGUCCUAGUAUAUGAGAUUUAAAGCUUGCG